AUGGAGUCUCUACGCAGUCGGGACUCGAGCGAGCCGCCGAUCGACCCUGCGCACCCUUUCAAGGGCGUCGUCGUGUGCUGCACCAGCAUCCCACCAGACCAACGAACAGAGGAGCUCGGCGGCAUCCACAAGUACGACCUGACUCCGGACGUAACCCAUCUUGUUGUAGGCGACUAUGACACGCCCAAGUACCGCCAUGUCGCCAAAGAACGAAACGAUAUCAAGGCCAUGGACGCCAGGUGGAUCGAUAUUGUAGGGGAGUUGUGGAUGAAGGACGCCGAAAUCGACUUUGCCGCUCUGGAACGAGAGUGGCAGUUGAAGCCGCUCGAGACGUGCGGCGAUGUCAUUGAUACAGCGAACCCUACCGAAGCCAAGCGUGGGACGUUGUUGCUUUGUAUGACAGGCUUCGACGAUCCCGAGCAACGUGCGAGCAUCAUCGAAAAAAUCACAGCCAACGGCGGCGCCUACACCGGCGACCUGACAAAACGAGUCUCCCACCUGAUAGUCUUCAAGCCCGAGGGAAAGAAAUAUAAGGCCGCUCGAGCAUGGAACAUACGCACUGUAUCGCUGGCAUGGCUGGAACAGAGCAUCGAACGCGGAAUGAUCUUGGACGAGCAGUGUUUCGACCCCGUCCUGCCUCCUGAGGAGCAAGGUCAGGGGGCUUGGAACAAGCUCAACCCUCGACGGGUGUCAUUAGGGAAGAGGUCGAGGUCAGGGGUCGUGGAGGUGGGUCAGAGGAAGCUGAGAAAGACGGCGAGCAUGAAGCUCAGCAGCCAGAGAGACACACUCUGGGGCGACAUUCUUGGCAGCAAACCCACCGGAGAGUCAUCCGGACCCGGAGACAGGGCCGACAAGAUCGAGGUCCAGGAUUCCGGGAUCCAUGACCGCAUGUUGCAACCCGCGCCAGACGCAGGCAUCUUUUCAGCGUGUUACUUCUUCAUGGCCGGUUUCGAGUCGUGGAAAUCCAAGAUCCUGGCCGAGACCAUAGGCUCUCUGGGCGGUCAAGUAUGUUCUACUUUCGAAGACUUCGCCUCCAAGGGUUAUGAGGCCAGCCCCAGCCGCAGGUUUCUCAUCGUACCGCAAGAGUCGCAGCCGUCGACACACUUCCAGCUUCCUCCCGUGCACGCCGACAAGAUCCAGAUAGUGACGGAGUUUUUUGUUGAGCGAUGUUUGCACAACAAAACCUUAUGCGACCCGGAUCGUCACGUCUUGGGCCGCCCCUUUCCCAUCUUUCCCAUCCGCGGCUUCGAAGACCUGUCCAUCUGCACGGCAGGCUUCUCCGGCAUCGAUCUUCUCCAUGUAGAGAAGGCGGUCAGGCAGAUUGGAGCCAAGUUCGCGGCCAGGCUCAACGAUGCCACCUCGGUACUGGUGUGUAGGACGCUCACGGAGACGAGGAAGGAGAAGCUCAAGUUUGCAUUCGACAACAAAAUCCCCAUCGUCAACUCGGAAUGGCUGUGGGAGUGCAUUACGACGGGGUACAACGUGCCAGUGAAGAUGUAUAUGUUUCCGGCGCUGGGACAGGCAGAUGAUCUCCAACCCAAGUCAAGACGAGCUGAGCAGUAUCGGGAAGACAUGAAGCAGGCCUUUCAGAGGACACGAUCCGAGCCCAUCCCUCAUAUUCCAAAGAGGCCGACGGCUAGACACUCGACUGUCGCCGGAGGCAUCGACACCACCGCCUUCCAAGACGAUGAACACCAGAAGCCCGCGAUCACACAGAAGCCGACGCCAGCUAUAGGGGAGGACUCAAUCGCGCCAUUUGUAGAGCCAGAGAGGGACUUUGCAAAGGGGGACUCGACCGCAUCGUUACAGUUUCAGACUGCCAAAACACACCAAAUGGACAGCUUUGGCGCAGGAACUGUGGUGCCACCACUCUCCGACGCGACGUUGAACGCGCUGAACAAAUCGCCCACCGCUGAGCGAAUGGCGAAGCCCUCAAAGACGCUGGUCAGAACCACGAGCGUGGCCGACAGCAUGGAGCCAACUCCUCUUCCUGUCGAGGAGGAAUCAGCCCCUGUCGAAGACGAGGGUGAGCCAGUGCCGGCCGCCGGAGAAAGCCAAGUCGACACAAGGCCGAAAGACGACGAAGAGGCGGAGCUGAAGCGUCAGAGGGACGCACAAAAGGCGGCUGAAAAGGAGGCAUUAACUUCGAAGCUGGCAUCCCUCAUUGACUUCAAACGCAGUGCCGAGAGCGUGCCCGAGGAGGAAAACUCGGGCCAGCACCAGCACCAGCAGCCGAGGCGUCCUCGCAAACGCCCCUUCGGAAGGGCCGUUAGCAACGCCUCGGCAGCAUCGAGCGGGAGCACCGAGUCGCGCAUGGACUCGAUGGCCCGUACGGCCGACGAGUACCAGCCGCAGCAGCAGCAGCAGCAGCAGGACGCCGAGCAACAGCCGCCAUCGACGCAGAUCCAGUACCAGGACCCAGGCGCGCAGCAGCAUCGCGACAAGAUCAUUAGCAAAAUGCGCGGCGAGGACAGCAAACCCCCGGCCAUCACCCAGCCGACCAAGAAGAAGGUGACGACGAUCGGCGGUUUCGACUUUAGUGAAGAGGGUCGGCCCACCACGAGGCAACUCCGGCGCAAGUAA